GUAUGUGCAAUGAUAAAACUCUACCUCCAUUUAUCACUUUAUUACCGUAGUAAAAAAGUACUGCAGUAAAAAAAAAAGGAAUAAAACAUUACCUGCCUAAAUUAAAACGUAUGUUUGUGAGGGCUCUUAGUUACACUUUCAUUCCUUAUUGUUGUCAUCAAUGUUAUUUUAAUAUGGAGCGAAAGCCUAUCCGCUCAACAAACAAUUAAACAGGUGGGUCCAAUCAGUCACUAAUUAACGAACGCUAUAUAGGAUUACAAACAGCCGUCCCCUCGAGCCCGAAAACAAUUCCUAAAGCACUCGAUAAAGCGGUUGACUUACUUAAGAUUGUCAAAGUAGUUAGACACUGUUUAAAAUGACUAAUGAUGCAUCUAAAAAGAAGGGGAAGGGCCCGGGAGAGAAAAAGGGCAAACGAAAGGCCAAAAGAAGAGAGACUUACGCGAUGUACAUCUACAAAGUUUUGAAACAGGUGCAUCCGGACACGGGGAUUUCCAGCAGAGCGAUGAGCAUCAUGAACUCCUUCGUGAAUGACCUGUUUGAGAGGAUCGCCACAGAGGCCUCGCGACUGACUCAGUACAACAAGCGGUCCACCAUCACCAGCAGAGAGGUGCAGACCGCCGUCCGGCUGCUGCUGCCCGGGGAGCUGGCCAAGCACGCGGUGUCCGAGGGAACCAAGGCUGUCACAAAGUACACCAGCUCCAAAUGAAGACUUCAAUGCAACACACUUUCUGUGACAGAGGUUUCAAACUCGUGCACCUGUAGUAGUUUUUGAAUUCAAUAAAACAUAAGCACAAAAAGCUUUUCUUUCCAUUUGAUGUAAUCUCUUGUACUGCUUUCAUUUAGAGUGUAAAGUCAUUAUGAGCCACUAGAUGGGGUAAUUGCCUCGGUUUUGCGUUAGCCUACGAAACAUUACAUUUAACAAACAAAUGCACUGCAGUUUGGCGAAAACACAUGUGCAGCUACAAUAACCUACAUGGUAUCCGUAUUAUGCUACAUUAAUCUGUUCACUUCCGCACAUUUGCAAAGUGUUCAUAUGGAUAAUAUCUAGCUGUCAGUUAAAUGGACAGACUUAUUGUCUCUGUGAAGGCCUACAUUACAACUUUGAAACGUACCAUUUUGCAAACAGAUGCACUGCAAUUUGGCGAAAACACCUGUGCAGUGCUAACCUACCUACAUGCAUGAUAUCAGUAUUCUGCUACAUUAAGAUAACACUACUGGGCAUUUGCAAAGUGUUCAUAUGGGAUAAUAUCUAGCUGUCAGUUUAUGGACAGUCUUAACACAAACAUUUUUAAACUCAUGGAAGUUAAUACAAAAAUGCUUUUCACGAUUCAAGAACGUCAUUAUUAAGGAACAACGAAAUGUAUUGUGUGCUGGUCCUCUAGGUGCAACAUGUAUAAUAAAAUAAGAAAUUAAACGAU